AAGAGGAGCCGAAUGGAGCGGGUGACCACGUGACCACCGGGCGGGGGUGGCAGGCGACAUUUCGCAUGCCCAGAACUCCACAAGCCGCGAGACGUAUCGCGCACACACACGGCGAGGGCCCGCCGAUACACCUCUACCUACGUCUACGACGCGACGGGGAAAACGAUGGUCGAGCGGGAGUCUAUGUCGUGAGUGAUUUCCGUGACUGAUGGAAAAGUGGUUUCCAAUCCAAAAAAAAAUUAAACGAACGAUCUCGCGAGCGAGGAACAGUGGUGGUAGUGGUGGUGGUGGUGGUGGUGGUGGUGGUCGGUCGGUCGUGUCCGGUCGAAGCACAGCCAGGACUCUCCGCCGGAGUUCUCUGCAUCCCUCGCGCUCCUCGGGCGGAGCAGUGAUCUCCUGCGGAAAAUCUCCUCCUCCGUUCGCAGCUCGGACGAGACGUCUCUCCUCCCUCUCUCUCUUUUUCUCUCUCUCUUCACCGAAACGACGUGGUGAAUUUAAUCGUUUCGUAUCGUAUCGCCGUGCCUCUGUGUUGCAUAUGUGUUGUGUGCCGGGCGGUGCGCGAAACGUAACGCACGCGUAACGUAGGGUGGUGCAUGAACACGUACAGCAUGAUGUUUCCGUGCUCCUGGAAAGUGAAUCGAGCAAAGUGAAUUUGGCCGAUAAAUAUAAUCACGGGUAAAUGCCUGGAUUCCAAUACAACCCGUUUAGGCGCAUACGCACGUAGCAGAUACGCGCGGCCGCACGCACGCGUUACGCACCCCCUGGAUAACGAUGCUGUUGUCAGAAGGAAACUGCCGACGGCAUCCUUGAACGUUUGUCGGAGCGCUCUGUCUCGAAUCUGGCAGCCAGCGACGGAACGUAAGAUAGAGUGAUAUGUUAACCGAGGACAAUGAUCCGACAAAACCAGCAGGGGUUUUAGACAAUGCUGGCAACGUGUCUUCCUCGACAGAAGCCUCGGUACAGCAUCCUCGCGCCGCAAACAAUGACCGAAGUUAAGAAUGAGGUGCAGGACUGCCCCGAGAAUGAUAGCGUACCCGGUAGUGAAUUGUACAUCGACGAGAAUGCCGAGGAAAAGGAGCAGGAAUAUCCGGAUUCGAUGGAAAAGGCGGAUUACGGAUCCUUAUACGGCGCCAACCAAUAUUACAACAGGUCACCAUGCUUUCCUCCUUUGUCACGGUGCUUCUUCUUCUGUAGCCUAUACAAUUCACCGUCUUACGGAUCAACGACAGCUUCGAAAAACGCAUCGAGCUUGCAAAGCUCGUAUCUAAGCUCUUACACAUCGUCAAGCUCGAUGACGCAGUAUCCGUCCUACGCCAGUUAUACUAGCGGGACGAACACCUUCCCGAACAUGGCACAAAAUAUAUCAUCGGCCUCUCAGAAAUUAGACUAUAGCGCUUACAGCAGUAGUUUGUAUGGAAACGACAGGGUACCGCUACAGUAUUCCACAUAUUAUCCUGUGCCCGGUUAUCACGCGCCGCCAACUUCGUUCAAUAUUGGAAACAUCAACUUUACUGAUUCGACCAAAUCCGCGCUCACGUUGGACCCAACGACGCACGAUGCGAGCGACUUGACCGCACGGGAAACCGCAAACAUUGAAGUGGCAACGACGAAGCCGUGCAGGCGCGGAAGGAGACAGAGCGGAAGCGGAAACAGUAUCGGUUCCGCAGAUACGACAGAAGCCGGCCCCGAGCGUAUAUUCAUCUGGGACCUCGACGAAACCAUAGUCGUGUUCCACUCCCUACUAACUGGACAAUUUGCUACCAAGUAUCGUAAGGAUACAAAUCUUCUGGCUCAAGUAGGGUUCAGGAUGGAGGAGAUGAUAUUCAAUUUGGCGGAUACGCAUUUUUUCUUCAGUGACGUCGAGGAUUGCGAUCAAGUGCAUAUAGACGAUGUUUCGUCAGACGAUAACGGGCAAGACUUGACAUCCUACAAUUUCGCGACCGACGGUUUCCAAUGCGCGUCUGCAAACAAUGGGAUAUGCCUAGCAUCCGGAGUACGAGGCGGAGUCGAUUGGAUGAGAAAGUUAGCAUUCCGUUAUCGUAAAAUUAAGGAAAUCUAUUGCAAUUAUCGAAACAACGUGGGCGGUCUCUUGGGUACAGCCAAGCGCGAACAAUGGCUGCAGCUGCGUUCCGAGAUCGAAAUGUUAACCGAUAACUGGUUGACGUCGGCGGUCAAGUGUCUGAAUAUUAUCAAUAAGAGAAGCCACUGCAUCAACAUCCUGGUGACGACUACACAACUGGUGCCCGCACUCUCCAAAGUUUUGCUAUUUGGCAUUGGCGGAAUAUUCCCCAUAGAAAAUAUAUAUUCGGCCUCUAAAAUCGGAAAGGAGAGCUGUUUCGGUAGGGUAGUCGCCCGAUUUGGCCGUAGAUGUACGUACGUGGUGAUAGGAGAUGAUUCGGACGAGGAAACAGCAGCGCGAGCGCACAACUUUCCUUUUUGGAGGAUAAAUAGUCACUCGGACACUCAAGCCCUGUAUACUGCCUUAGAAAUGGGAUUCCUUUAAUCAAAAGCACAUACAAAAACCAGUCUCUGCCGGGAAACAUUCGAUUGUAUGAAAAAAGAGCAUGGCGCGUAUUUCUAUGCGAUUAGCAAGAACGAUGGAACCAUGCUUCACAUACGUAUAUACAUACAUUCCCUCACUCUUUUUCUGGGCAGCUUUUAUCAUUCCUAUAACUCUUUUAUCGUAUGUAAUAUACAUAAAAGAAAAAUCGACUUUCGUAACUGUCACAGUUAUAUUCGUCGAUAUAAAAAUGAUCGCGAGUUCGGCCGGACAUUUAGUCCGAAAGUGAUAUAGAAUGAAAGUAAAAUUUUAGUGAUAGCAAGGAAAUUCGGAGAAUAAAGAUUUAUGUAUCAUAAGAUUCUUUCGGACGCGAUUUUCUAGCGUUGGCACUUAGUCACGUGUACUAUAAUAAAUUGAAAAACGGAAUCUGUGAAAAGUAUAUAUAAUAAUAUACGUUUUAUGUACUUAAAUGCACUACGUUUGUAUUUCUUUCUUCUAAUAAUAACAAAAUCAAACAAUUUUUACUGGCAUGUGCUCAGGAGCAGCAACUAUCAAAAUUCAGUGUGUGGAGUCUUCUACCGAUUAAUCGAGGGAGGGGGGGGGGAGAGUGAUCAAAAAGUUUGUAAUUGCGUUUUUCAUUGGGCGGCACUGACAACGAGUGCGCACUAAAACCGACACUGUCAGAAAAAUUAGAAGUUAUCUUUUAGAUACCUUUUAGAUACCUUGUGAUAAGGUACUUAUAUGUCAUCAAAAGGACAACCUCUUGUCAUCUUAAAGACACUUUUUAGCUAACUUAUUUUUUUCUAUUAUCUAAGUUGGUGCUCAUGCCAAAUUUCGCAUGUAGUGCGUACUAGUCCAGCCAGUGAAAAACUCUAUGAUAAAUAAUUUUGGAAAAAAAUUAUCAAAUUCCGAGUGUAAAAAUUAGACAUUCAAGUUAAUUCGAGAGUGGAACUCUCCACACACUCCAUAUACUUAUAAGUUGCUGCCCCUGUAUGUGCUAACAAAUUUUAAUAAAAACAGAUUUUUUUAUUGAUACUGUUUACACAGUUUAUAUGUAGAUACAUAAUUUUUCACGAGCUAUUAUUAUAAUUAUCAUUUAUUUAAUAUACCGUGAUAGUUCUACGCGCAAAUUUAUUGCAAAGAAUUAAUUUGAUGAUUCGUUAUAUUUCUAUUAAUUAUACUUGCUUUAUAUAUGUAUUUAUCAUAUCAUGUGUACUUUUUUUACAUUCCUUUAGUUUUUGUGUCACAGAUAUAGCUGUACGCAACGUAUAUUAUGUAUAUUUUGAAAGUAUCCAUAUCAAUUACAUGUUACACACACCAUAUAACAAUCUUACUGGACAUAAAUGCAUUAGAAGAAGUAUUUAUAUAUUUGUAAAAAUACUAUAUAGUUAUUAUUACCAUAUUUUGGAAUUGUACAAGGCUAUUUGACAAAUGGAAAAAUGCAUUAAGUAAUAUAAUAAAAAGAAAGGAACGAAUUAGUAUAGUUACUAAUUACGGUUGACAUCGUUAUGUGUAAAAACAGUUUAUAAAAAUUUUCUGGAUAUAUCGUAUUAUUCGUUAACAAAGCUAUUAAUAAAAAUAUAAUUGAAAAUAUAAUAUGUAAUGUGACUGUUCGUAUCAAAAAAAAAGAAUGCAAAAAUGAAAGUAAUUUUAUCCUUUGGUAAAAAAAUUAUCUAUGCAUCAAGUCUAUGUUAAAUUAUAUGUGGUACUAAUUUAAUAUCAGCUAUUCUGAAAAUAAAUCAAUAUUCUAAGA